GCACCCGUUGGAGUCUGAAAACCCCCUGAAAUCAAUAGAGUUCACUGAUUUAGGGGGGGGCUUAGCCCCCAUAGCCCCCCCUGAAUACGCCCCUGGGUUCUACUAUUAAACCAGUGGGUACUUAAUGUUACUAGUCGUGGCAUAAUGGUUGCAAAUGCAAGAAUUGAAGAAUGAUUUGAAAAUCCUAAAAAAAACUAAAAUUGAGAAGUCAAUAUCAUUACAAUUAACUGGACCUGGGCUAACUUUUAUAAUUGUAUUUAUUAGAAAACUUGAUGAUUCUUCCCUUUUUUUACAUACAUCUGCUGUCAUACAUCUGCUGUCAUACAUAUGCUGUUUCAAUAAUCGUUUUAAAAUAUGUGGUUUAAAUUCUUCGGUCGUCUACACAAACUUUAAUUAAUCUGCUGGCACAAAUCUUUCAUACAAAAUAAUUCUUUAAAUAGAAUAAAAUAAUGUUGAAGUGACAAAAAUAUUUUUCUUCAAUUCUGAUAAUUUUUUUCGACUGACAAAGAAUGAACAACCAAUUUACUUUAUUUUUGUUAAUUCACAAAACUAUGUAUAAUGUGUGUACUUUUAAAUAAGAUUAUAAUGACAGUAUUUUAGCAGAUUCCCCUAGAGCCCAUUUUAUACUUUACUGAUAACAAUGAAUGAGCUAAGUGCCUAAGUAUAACUAUGAUCUUUGAUCCUUGGAAACCCCAGGUUCCAUAUAUUUAAUUACAUCUGACGCACAUUGCUUCAGCAAACUUGUUUAUAUUUUCAAAUGCGUCAUUAAUCUGACGCUUGCUUUGGGAACUAGAUAUCGUGCAACCCAGAUAAAGUCUAUCGUUUCUUAAAUACUGAAUAGAAAGUAUAAUGGAUUCACUUACCCUGGACUAGAUGCGUUCGGCUUUUUCAAUUGUAAUUUAACUACGUUGGGUAUAUGUAAUUUAUCCAUUUUUAAAUUAACAAAAUUAUCUUUGCUUACUUUUGAUUUAAAGCGCAUCCGCCGACAAAAAAAAGUACAUAAGAGAAUAAGCGAAAUUUGCGAUUAUUUGAUAAAAUUGUGAUCGAAACUCACAGGACCGAACUGUAAAUUCAGUCAGCACUCAGCACUUUAAACUUAAAAAGUAUGCAAGCGGAAACUUUUGUUCCGAUUUACUUCAUUCUCUUACCUUUACUUGAUAAAAACACUAGCUUUAUGAAUAUAUGGAUUUCAUUUUUCACAGAAUCAGUUUUUUCGAUUAGCACUUUGUCAACUGGCCCAUCAUUUGGAAACCUUAUGAUAACCAUGAAUCAUGUAAACUAACAAAAUAUCCAUUUAACUUGUAACUUUCUGAUGGAAAUGGGAACAUAUUUUUUUAAUUUUUAAGGUGGAUACAAUAAAGAGACGAUAUUUAUUUUGUUAUGUGAUAUAUAAUUUUUUUUCAGAUGGUUUCAUUUAUAUCUUUAUGACAUUAAAAAUGGUCAUGGCGGAUAUGAACAGAAAUGAGACUGAGUCUGGUUCUACCCUACGUGUUGGUUUCUACGAGAUUGAACGAACAAUAGGGAGAGGCAACUUUGCUGUGGUAAAACUAGCAAAACAUAGGAUUACAAAAACACAGGUUGCAAUAAAGAUCAUUGACAAGUGUAAACUAGAUACCUGUAAUCUUGCCAAGGUUUACCGAGAAGUGAAAAUAUUAAAGAUGAUCUCACAUCCUAACAUAGUAAAACUGUAUCAGGUGAUGGAAACCAAAUCAAUGCUUUACCUAGUAUCUGAGUAUAUACCCAACGGAGAAAUUUUCGAAUACAUUGCUCGGUACGGAAGAAUGUCUGAACCUCUGGCUCGAAACAAAUUCUGGCAAAUAAUCGAAGCUGUUGAAUACUGUCAUAGAAGGAAAGUUGUUCAUCGUGAUUUAAAGGCCGAAAACCUGUUACUAGACGCGGAUAUGAAUAUUAAAAUUGCGGAUUUUGGGUUCUCUAAUUUCUACCGGGAGGACGGCCAUCUUGAAACCUGGUGCGGAUCCCCACCCUACGCAGCUCCUGAGGUCUUUGAGGGGAAAGCGUACAAAGGACCUGAAAUAGAUAUUUGGAGUUUGGGUGUAGUACUGUAUGUUCUGGUGUGUGGAGCUCUGCCUUUUGACGGAGCUUCUCUACCUCUUCUCAAGGAGAGAAUUCUAUUCGGCAGAUUUAGAAUUCCAUUUUUCAUGAGUUCAGAAUGUGAAACACUGGUCCGUCGUAUCCUUGUAGUUGACCCUAGUAAACGAUAUUCUUUACAACAAAUCAAGAACAGUGCUUGGAUGCAGGCCCAGGUUCCCGUUUCCCGAGCUCAAUGUGACAGUUUAAAUGAUGAGCUGAACAGAUCUUCUGAGACUAAUGAGCUACACCUAGCUCCUGAUGCUGAUGAGCUGAACCUAGCUCCUGACACUGAUGAGCUAAACCGAGCUCCUGUAAACGAGCAGAUCUUGAGACUGAUGCAGUCUCUGGGAAUAGAUCCAGUUAGAACAAAAGAGUCUGUGAUGAAGGACUGGUAUGAUCACUACUCAGCUAUUUACCAUUUACUUGUGGAGCGACUAAAUCAGCAGAAACAGUCUGUGGGAAAAGGUCCGACUGACGUGAAGAAAAGGCGCCCAAGUACAAUAGCUGAACAGCCCCUGAAGGGAAUUCCUUGCACGGAGAACCUUCAAAGCCUUCGCCUUCGAACCACAAGCGAAUCAGAAAAAGAGGCGUCAAGAUCAUCUUCUCAAAUGCGUAGUGGAAUGGGGCAGACUGACUUCACCUGCAUCACUUGCGGGCAACAAAUCCUUGAAAAUACGACUAGCACCACCUCUUGUGCCAAGUGUGCUCGACUUAGGACCCGGAGAAAGAAUUUCGCACAUCCAGUCCAGGGCAAUAUCCCUAGUAAUAGCCUAGGACCCUGGAGCAGUAGGGAUAGUGGGGAUAGCGGUAUUAGCAGCCAGGAUUGCGGGGAACUAACUCCUACAGUGGAACGACCACCAGCAUUUCCCCGGGCUUGUCUCGGGCAGAAAGAACAUCAGAUGAAUAAGCUUGUGCGGAAGCUAUCUGAGAUCGAAGGAGUGGAUCACAGUAGCAUAUAUCGUUCUAUAAAAACCUCUGUGGAUGAAGGAGUAGAACUAAACUUUUCAGAUUCCACAUUAUCCGAUUCUUCUACUGGAUGUCUGAAAGGAGGACCUGCUCCACAGACUGCUGGAAGUAGAAUGAAAGUGGAAGAUGGUAAGGAAUAUCUGAGUAGCAGUGCUGCUAGUAACUCAUCUAGCAAUUGCGAAAGUAUUGGAAGCUCUAACCUAGACUCAGGAUGGACCCAGAGCUUACCCUCCUGUUCUCAGUCUGGUUCUACACUUCAACCAGACCAAGCCCAGGUUCAAAUGUAUAGAGGAGUCAGUAGAUACAAUCCCAUAGCUCCUCAUCUCCUAUCAAGCGGAUCAGCAUAUGAUCGCAGUCUCACAAGAUCUCCAGUUCACUUUAGAGAAGGUAGAAGAGCAUCGGAUGGUUUGGUUGCUCAAGGUAUAGUAGCUUUCCAACAAAAACUCUAUGAGCAAGAUAACACUGGGGGAAUGAUUCAACUCCAGGAAGUUCGAGAGGAAGCACUUAAAUUGAAAAACCUGUUUUCAGAAUCAAAAACUGAAGACGGUAAACCUUCAGGAAGAGCUGGUAUAUCUAAGCGGAUAAGUGUGCCUGAAAACUUUGUUUACUUUCCCCCCACAAAGCAUCUUGCCCUGCAACAGCAACUGCUGCAGCAUAAACUGCUGCAGAAAAGACAAAUAUUACAGAAGCAGAGAUUUUCCCACGGAGAUACUCUGACUGGGUUUCGAAGAGCACCUUAUGGCAAACCUUACAUGCCGACAGUAGGGCUUCCAUUGGCCCAGCAGGGAUCAGAUUGUCUGUUUCAACCAAUAGCAGAGGAUGAACCGGGUUUAGAUUCCCUGGACUAUCUCAAGAAUACUUUAACCCAGUCUGCUUCCUGUGGUUUAGUAACAUAUACAAACAGUAAUGUGAAUGAGACAACUCUUGAUGGUCUACCUCGUGAUAUAGAGACUAUAUGUACACUGUCAGAUUCACCAAGUAGAUCACAACAGUCUUGAUCAUUUUGCAAACAUUUAGGAUUAAAUAUAUACGUAGCGAGGUCAAGCAAUAUUGCCUUAAUC